GGAGAACCCGUACACGAUUUCUUGCUUGCCUUCUAGAGUUCUGAUCCUUGAUUUAGGGCACAUCAUCUCGUCGAUUUUCUACGUUUUGCAUUCUAAAAAAUUUACUACGUUUCGUUUGCACUUUGGAUAUCAUAAUUUCAAUCUCGCAUCGAAUAGAUCAGAAAAUGAAAAAUAGAGUCACAAAGAACAACAGCCAAUAAGAUCCCCUUCUUGGAUUAAACUAGAAGAAAAUACCUCUCUUCCCACACAAACUUUCAAUUCCUGACAAUCUCGGCUAGAAAUUCGCCACUCCGACCCCCAAGGUCGGCGAGAAGGAUUCAUCGACCUUUGAUGUUGAAACAGCCAAAGCAUCAUGAACAAAUGUUUCAAAGGAAUUCUACCUUAGAUAAUUCCAAACGCGACUAGCGAUGUUGUAACGAAUGAUGAAAGAUAGACCAUUAAUCCAGCCGCCAACCGGCCUGGAAGGAAAAACGUUCCUCGGGGGCUUCGAUGCCUUACGGAGGAGCGGUUCGAUGAUUGGGUUGGAUAUGGCUAUGCUAUGGCUUUGAGACCUAUUAUCGCACCGCCAACAAUUAUUUUGUCGAUGCGGGAUUUUGCUAGUUAUAUGUUGGUGUGUUUGUGUUGACUUGUUGGUGUUGAUGCUUUUUUCUUCUUCUUUCUUUUUUGACGGAUCGUCGGACCGAGAUAGUAUUCAUUUUCAUUGAAUUGACAAUUGUCAAAUUUCUAUUUCAUUUCUUUCCAGUUUUCAUUCCGAAAGAACCAUUACACAGUCAGUUGCUGUAGAUUUAUAUCCGCAUAACUUCACCCCCAUUCUCAACUUCUGGCACCAUCAUCAUCAUCAUCAUCAAUCUCUCUCCACCCCUCUCCUUUCCCAAACCAUGCCAAAGCCCCACUUCCAAGUCUACAGUCUCUCCACGACUAGUCCCCUCCUCAGCACCGAACUCCUCUUCAUCUUCAAUCCCCAUGCCAAAAGCUCCAAGUCCUCCUACUUCAGAUCCAUCCACCACGAAUCCGUCUCCCUCCCUUUCUCCACCCCCAGCUCCCUCCCCAGCAACCUCGAACACCUCGGCUACAUCCGCAGCAAAAGCCGUGUGAAGAAAGCGUGCUCGCUCGCAAAAAAAGUGCGCAAGAACAUCCAGCGUCCAUUUACACAUUUCACAAACGAUGUUGUCGGGACUUGGAUUCGAGAAGGACUAUUGCGCUGGGAGAGGGGCUGUACACCGUGUAAAAUUGACGAGUCGAUUAUAGAUGUGAGGACUCUUGAGACGGGAAACGGGAAGGGAGAACCUUCAAAGUACCAGAAUGAGCGGGAGGCAGAGGAGAAUGGAGAUUAUGGUUUUUGGCUUCGUUCUGUUCCGUCGCAACACUCCCUCGGCCGCUCAACCCGCGAAUCCAAUCGUCAUCUCUCCAGAGCCCGAUCAACGCACCACGCCGGCUGGUCCCUAAACUCGUCUUCCAACCCCUCGAAAGGAGCCUCCUCCUCCGUAUCUCUUUCCAGAAAUUCAAGUUCAAAUCCCCGACACAAAUCUCGCUCUCACACUCGCCAUCGCUCUCACUCCCCGUCCCCUUCCUACCACGACCAGAGCUCCUUUCACGAUUCCGGGAUCUCCAUGUCCAAUGACGAAAUCGACAAUGACUAUGACUAUGACUACGACGAUGGCGAUGGCGAGGACGAUGAUGCAGGAUCAUCCAUUUCAUCCGUCAACCCCGGAUCAUCCAUUUCGCAUUCCGAUCGUUCCUCGUAUUAUUCUUCUCCCCACUCCCGCUCCUACUCCCGCUCCCACUCCCCCACAACCCAAGCCCCACCCCUUCUGUCUGACCUCCCCAGUCGUCGCGCUAAAGAAGAGGACAGCCGUAAGCGCAUCUUUGAGAAAAAGAACGCUGAGUAUAGGAAUUCCUCUUCUCGUCAUCACCGCUCUCCUUCAUCAUUAUCAUCAUCAUCAUCUUCUUCUUCUUCUUCAAGUUCAGACUCACAAUCGCGAUCGCGAUCACGAGCACGAUCACGAAAAAAUCAGAGUUCUACCCAAGAAUCUCACAUACCGCGUUUUAAUAACCCACUUCAACUUUCGGCUGCGGGGUCCGAUCCGUCGGUUCGGUGAUGAGAUUGGUUUUUUGGGUUGUAGGAUAGAUAUAACAGGAUAGCAUGGGUAAAAUAGAGCUAUUGAAUGAGAGAAAUGACAUUCCCAGCUCCUAGUAUUUGAAUGAUUUUAUUGAAUAGUAUAAUACAUUACAUUACAAACGACAAAGUAUAGCAUUAGCAACAAGCGACCUCUCCACCUUA